UUUGUGGAAUUGUCCCUCCAGGAAAUUACUGGAAAUUUCAAUUUCACAGUGCCUGCAGACUGGCACAGUGUUAUCAGACGGAAGUACGCACCCACACAUAGCCUACACAACUUCAGCCCUUCAACUUGAUGAAGUUUUCCUCUUAACUUUACAUUCAGUGUGGAUCAGCCCCCCGGUUCACCAGCAUGGCUCUGUCCAACAAGUGGUGGAUUUUGUGCUCCGUUUCACUCGCCUGUGUCGCCACUUUUGGCUCUUGCAGCAGAGAUAGAGGAGAUGGAGUGAAACCAGAGCUCUUCAUCUUCAAUGAGUUGUGCGCCCUGAAGGAUGAUCAAGGGCCUUGCAGGGCCAUGAAGGACAGAUAUUUUUUCAGUGUUGACACGGGACGCUGUGAGCUGUUUGAAUACGGAGGCUGUGGGGGAAACGCCAACAAUUUCAGGUCCUUGGAAGCAUGUGAGGAAAUGUGUGUUGUCUCAGAUGACAAGAACCCUUGUCAUUUACCUGAAGCUCCUGGUCCCUGUCGAGGCCUGGUGACGCGCUACUUCUUUGACAGCAGAAGUCAACAGUGCAAGCAAUUCUUUUAUGGCGGUUGCUUUGGCAAUGCCAACAAUUUCAGGAGCAAGGCAGCAUGCCAAGCAAAAUGUCAGAACCCAGAAAAACCAACUAAGGCACCAGAAGUCCACAAUCUUGUUACUAGAAAAUCCAGUGCAGUUCCACCAACCAUUCUAACUGGGGAAAUGACUGUAAACGAACCUCAGGUGCAACUGAACGACACUACUCGCAACCACCCACAAGCUUUGAAGCCACAAGAUCUGUGCUUCAGUCCUGUGGACAGAGGAACGUGUGAUGGCGCAGAGAGGAGGUUUGCAUACAACCCCAAGACCAAGAGGUGCCACAUUUUUUUCUACAGUGGCUGUGGGGGAAACAAGAACAACUUCACUCACCGGAGACAUUGUAUUAGGAAGUGCAUUAAAAGGAUUAAGGUUGCAGAUGGUGGGAUGAGGAUGAUCCGAAUAAGGAAGAAAAAUAUUGACAACAUUCUGUUUCGCUCAGUCUGAACACUUGGCUCUGCAGUAGAUCCUGCACUACUUUGGAGUCACCUGUAUUUAUGUCCUUUUUUUUAACUUUACUCAUACCUAUCUACCUAUUUUUGUAAUCCUACAGUAUUUGUGUAAAAAUAAAUUCUCGUGUACCUGACUCUGCUUUUUAGUAACCGAAUGCAAUCAUCUUCAUUAUUCACAUCAUUUAUCCAUCUCAUUGACAAAGAACAUAUUUGUUUUGCUGAUGUCUAAUAUAGCAACUCUUUACACUGAUGCUCUACAUAUCAAUGCUUUUGUAAUAAACAAAAUUUUAAAUUUAACACUUCGAGGCUCUGUUAUGAUCAUACUGAUAUACACUUCUUAGUGUAACUUUAAUAGGAUAAUGGAUGCUAUUUUAUGUUUAUACUGUACAGUGACUGAUGUUUUUUUUCCACAAUGGUUGUGAUAUAACUCCACUAUUGUUAAUCAAUGUGAACAACAACAUUAGCAGAUUAAACUGGGUGACAAUCCUUAUCCCAGGAUCAGCGACAACAAUAUAAAGAUAUGUUCCCCAGCAAACACAUUAAUCAAGAUAACCAUGUCCUCACAGCGAUGAAUCACUGUGAACAAUGUAAUGACUGCUGUAUUUUCUGUGAGAUUAAACAUGUUUUCUGUUUUUUUAAUCAAUAAUAUGCAGGUUCAUAAAUCACUAUUGCAGUCCUGCUGGUGUUGUUUGUGAGAUAAAACAGAGGGGGGCAGUGUUGUGUAAAGUAAGUUUUCAGAGAGGCACUUGGCUGCAAAGUAUUUGCUUCAACUGUCUUGUUUUAUAACCAUGGCUGUAAUCAUUUGAACUUUAUAUAAUAAAUGUCAACUAUCCUCU